CCUGCCUCGAUCGAAAUCAUGCCCUCCGUGACGAGGAACGGCCCGUUCGCUUUGACUCCUGCUCUUUGCGCCUGUGCUCCUUCUUGAUCCCUUCAUCUACCCUCCAGUCCACUCCUCGUCGUCCCUUCACGCCGCCCCUUAACGACCUUUACGACCUCACGACCUCGACGAACGCCCAUCUUCGCUCGCCCAUCUCAUCUCGCUAGCGCCUCGCACCAUCUCCGCACAUCGAUCUCACCUAGCCACCCUCACUCCAGCUCGCCCACAUGUGGUGCGACAAUUGUUUGCUCGUCUUCCCCCUCAAGCACGGCGCGAUAGCCUGGAACGUCUUCAUUGCCCUCUACUCCCUCGCCGGCUCCAUCUUCCUCUUCCGCUAUGGACAGUACAUCUUCUUCAACUUCCCCGAAUGGCAAAUCUACGGUGGAAUAGGCAUGGCAGUCAUGUCCGUCGCAGUCAUCACCAUCAUUGGUCUCAGCAACUCGUCGUACCUCUUUACGCGAUUGACCUUUUUCCUCUGGCCUCUCAUCAUCGUCGUCAGCGCCGUUCGUGCCGGCUUCAUGAUCUUCCAACUCAACCGCCAACAAUACAAGAUCGUCUGGGAGUGCAACAACGGCGGCCAGCUCUGGGGUCAGUCAGCCGAAGAUGGCUACGGGACGGAUGCGGCCAUGCCCUCCGGGAUCUGCUCUGCAGGCUUCCACUCGCUCUACAUCGCCUUCGUCCUCGCGUUGCUCAUUGAUCUUGGCUUCCAGAUCUACGCGUACUUCUUGAGCUGGAGGUUCAAGGCGAGGAUCGAGCAUACGUACAACAGAGUGUCGACAAAGUACAAUGGCUACUACGGCGCUUAGAUGGCAGCUGGAGAUGUGGAUGAGUAGAGGUGGGAUUACUAUGUUGUUGUUACGAGUCGCGACGAUACGCUUCCCCUGAUGACAUCCACUAAACGGACACGGACUACUACUUUUUACGAUGACGACCAAUUGCAAUGCCAGACAUGAUGAUAUCCCACACGAAUAAAUGGCG